AAACACAUCCUUUGAAUACUAUUUAUUUAACGGAGAAGAAGAUGUAGUAAUAAUAAGAAUAAAAAAACACAAAGGAGAAAUUCCGAUAAGAUUACCGAAUCCACAUUCUGAAAAUCUAUAAAUUGCCAUUCUUACAAAAUUUCCAUUGUUUUUCCAGAAUAUUGGGAAUCGCCAAUUCUGCUGUAUAUUACCCAAUUUGUUUCAUCCUACCUACACUGGAUUGGUAUGAAUAUUUGGUUUUGAUUUUGGAGUGCAGCUAUGCAGAGUCAGUUGGUGUGCAGUGGGUGUAGGACAAUUCUUCUUUAUCCCAGAGGAGCUACUAAUGUCUGUUGUGCAGUGUGCAAUGCCCUCACCCCUGUCCCGCCUCCUGGAAUGGAGAUGGCUCAACUGAUAUGUGGAGGCUGUCGCACCUUAUUGAUGCAUCCACGUGGGGCAACUAGCGUGAGAUGUGCCUGCUGUCAUACAGUGAACCUUGUGCCAGGUCCUAAUCAAUUUGCUCAUGUCAACUGUGGAAACUGUCGUACUAUGCUGAUGUAUCCAUGUGGAGCUCCAUCAGUUAAAUGUGCCAUAUGCCACUAUAUCACACAAGUUAAUUGGGCCUGA